AUGAGAGACAAAAUUUUAAAACUUGUUUUGUUUUCAAUUAUUACUUGCUAUUUUGAAUAUGCCAAAAAAGAAUUAUACUUUAUAAACGAAAGAAAGAUAUAUCUUGAAAGGAAUAUAAUAAAUUUUAAAAAUAAUAGGAUAUUAGCAGAUAGCAACAACCAAUUCGAUUUAAAUAAUUUUUAUGAAUCAACCUUGAGUCUUGCAAAUCAAUUUAAUGACUACAAUGAUGGUGACGGAGAAAUAACAAAUGUUCGAAAUGCUAUAGAUUCACAAAUAAAGAAGUAUAAGGAAAGUAAUACAUUACCCAAUUUAAAUAAUGUAGAUAAUAAAACGAAAAGGGUAAUUCAUGAACUUAGAAAAGAGUUCGAAGAAGUAAAAAAAGAGAUUGAUAAUAAAAGGAAUGGUGAAUUAGGAAUACAACUGAUACAAGAUAAAAGAAUAAUAAAAAAGGAUGAAAACAUUUUGGAGGCGAAAUAUGAUAAUUUUAAAUAUGAAUAUGAUGAAAUUAUAUCAAAUAAUAAUUAUAAGGAAUUAAAAACUAAUAAAAAGUUAAAAAAAGAAGAAAAACAACUCCUCGUGGGGGGUUUGACACUUAUAGGGUCUGUUUUUGCGAUAGUAGCAUCAGGACAGAUGUACCUACUAUUACUACUUGCACCUUGUUUGCUUUUAAUAUUUAAGAGUUGGCGGAAAUUUAAUAAAUAUCGCUUUAAUAUGUAA